AUGUUGUGAAAUAUGUGCGAUAAACAAAAGUGCAAAAUUUGUUUCAAAGACAUCAGCAGACCUUAUGUAAAAUGCAAAUCGUCGAUUUGCAAGAAUCAUGUGCAUUUCAAAUGUUUGGAUUCUAUUCCCAAAUUAAUCUACAUCGAAAAGAAGAAUUGGAGAUGUCGGGAAUGUAUAGAAGCUCUGAAAUCGGUUGGGAAUUGCGUUGAUUUUGAUAGUCUUAACAAAGAGAACGAGCACUUGAAAAGAGAAAUCGAACUUCUAAAGGAAAGAGUCGAGGAUUUAAAAACAAUACAGUUGUUACAAGAACGAAAAAUUGCCGAUGUUAAAAAUCAAGGCGAAUCAUUCGCAAUUAUAAUGGCACAUAUCUAUUACCAUGGAUAUUUGAAAAUAAUUUUGGCCCAAAAUAAUUUAAAAGUUUUUAUGGAGAAAUAUGAAGGACGAGAAAAUAUCAGUUUCGUAUUGAAGAAAAUGUUUAUUUUAAUACCCAAAUCACUCGAUUGUGCUGAUAGUUUGGAAUUGAGUAGUAACAACAUAGAAUGUGCCAAGUCAUUAGAUGAUUUAGAACUGACUCGUGCUGCAGUAAAGAACAGAGUUUACCGAAAUCCCGUUUACAAAAUAAAACAAAACGAAAAAUACAAUUAUGUAGUUGCUGAAUAUGCGACACCAAUAAAGACGUACAAAGAAGCAACUCAAAUAUGUGGCAAAUAUCAAACAAAUUUCGACUGUUUUAAGGGUGAUAUUGCAGAAGAAUUUUACAUCAAACUAUCGGAAAUCCUGAUAGAAAAUGAGAUCAGAGAUGUCGAACUUAUUUAUUAUGCUGAUAAAGACAAUGGUCGAAAAAAUAUUGAUCUGGCAAAAAUAUUACUGGAAAGAAUAAAACUAAUAAAAGAAACCGAAGAUAUUGAAUAACAUAUUUGUAAUAUUUAAUAGGUUAAUUAAAUUUUUAUGAUAUAUGGAAUGUAUUUUAAUAUGACAAAUAAAUAAAUUAAUUAUGAA